CCGUCAAGCCGCCGACUGACGGACGACUGCUGCAGUCUUCGUAUCUUUCAAGACUAUCGUAACCUUUUCUCCAAGAAACAGCAUCUGCUCGACAGAUUCCACGCAAACCGUCGGCGUUCUCGUUAACACCGCUUCAAGAAGCAAGGAUCAUCCUUCCUACACAGCCAGUCAUGCUGUCGACACGCCACAUCCUGCCGGCCGUAGCCGCCAUCCUCGUCCUGUUCGUCUCCUGGUCGCGAGCACAGGAUGCCGCCGCCGCCGAAGAAGCUCCGUUCAGGCCCUUCCACAACUGCACAUGGAAGAAGGGUGAUCCAGGUGCGCCUGCGUUGGCUCGCCUGGGAGGAUGCGAUGGACUGGAGGUGUGUCCCCUCUACAGGAACACAUCGGCCAAGCUUGAAAUGCAGUUCCAGGUACACAACGCUACCCGUGGCGUGUACCGGCGCAUCUACGGCCUCUUCGAGAAGGUGAUGGUGCCGUACGGUCGCGAGACCAGCAUCUGCGACUCGACGGCCUCCGUCGACGAUGACGUCAAGUGCUCCCAGGCAGACCGGGGACUUCGCGAGGGUCACACGUACCGGCACACGGGAGCCUUCUUCGUCAAGCCCUUCUUCCCAAAGGUGAAGGUGGACGUCGCCGUGUACGUUUACGACAAGGAAGGCCCGAACAAGACGCCCAUCGCCUGCGUCAUGAUUCCCGUCGAGAUUCUGGACAAGGAAGGGGCGUGAGCUGGUCGCCGACCUCGACCACCUGGCGCAGUUGCCGAAGACUCCUGGAGCGGAGCCCUGUUACAGCAAAAAUAAAUAAUUUAACAUAU